CAGAACUUCUGACAUCAAAAUGAUUGGAUUAUUUUUAAUUUGUGCAUUUCUUUUGCUGGUAAUAUUUAUUGGAUUUAGAAUAUCACGUGACGUUUUGGAAGUAAGGCAUGUGGGGCCAAGAGGAUCAUCGUACUGCCGCAAAUGCGUAAUGUGGAGCCUUAAAGGACUUUCCAAUGGUGUGAGCGCCAGUUAUUCUGCUAUAACAGGAACAUCCAGCAAUCAACUUAAAAAUUGAAUAAAUUAAAGUUUCAUUUUUCUUCCUGUGGAAUUAUCUUUGAGAAUAAAAAAAUAAGUAAUGUUGCGAA